AUGCCGCCGCUGCCCGCCUGGCUCUGCCUGGCCGCGCUGCUGCUGCCGCUGCCGCUGCCCGCCCCGGGCGCUGCCGGUCCCUGCCCCCGGGGCUGCCGCUGCCCCCGAGCCGGUUCCGUGCUCUGCCGGGAGCCCGGCACCGUGAGCAGCCUGGCGCGGCUGCUGGGGACCGGCGGCUUCACCGACGUCGUCAUCGAGAACCAGCAGACGCUGACGGCCCUGACCCGGGCUGACACCAGGAUGCUGCGGGACCUCCGGAGCCUCACCAUCUCCAGGUCGGGGCUGCAGCACAUUUCUGACGAUGCCUUCCUGGACACCCCCAGGCUGAGCCAUGUGAAUCUUUCCUUCAACGUGCUGCAAAGCCUCUCCUGGAAGAGCUUCCAGCAUCUGCCCCUGCAAGAGCUCAUCCUGGUGGGGAACCCCUUCAACUGCUCCUGCGGCCUCCGCUGGCUGCAGCUCUGGCAGAUCGGGAGCCGGGCCGAGCUGGGCAACCAGUCGCUGGGCUGCUGGGAGGGCUCUGAACUGGUGCCACUGGGCAGCCGGCCCCUGCGCGCCUGCGAGCCCCCGACCGUCCGCAUCGAGCCCCCCGGAGCCGCGCUGCGCCAAGGGGACAGCGUCAACCUCACGUGCCACAUCGCGGCCGAGCCGCCGGCCACCGCGGAAUGGGUGCUCCCCGAGGUGGGACCCGAGCUGCCCGUGGUCACCAAGCUCUCGGACCGGGAGCUCAUCCUGGAGAUCAGCAACGCCUCCUCCAGCCUCAACCACAAGGACCUGACGUGCCGGGCAGAGAACGUGGCGGGGCCGGCGGAGGACAGCGUGGUGCUGAACGUCACUUUCCCCCCCGUGAUCCUGCUGCUGCACGAAGCCAUCCCGCAGCACUUCUGGUGCAUCCCGUUCUCGGUGGACGGCAACCCGGCGCCCAGCAUCCGCUGGCUCUUCAACGGCUCAGCCCUGGCCGAGGGGCCCUACAUCCACACGCGCAUCGUGGAGUACGAGCACAACUCCACCGUGCUGCACGGCUGCCUCCAGCUCAACCGCCCCACGCACGUCAACAACGGCAACUACACCCUCGUGCUCCGCAAUCCGCUGGGAAGCGCAUCCCGCAGCGUCCAGGGCCGCUUCAUGGAAAACCCCUUCAGCUUCAGCCCCGAGGAGCCCAUUCCCGUGUCUCUGUCUCCACUGGGGACCAGGAAUAGCUCAUUGGAUGGGCCCGUGGAGACGGCGGAUGAGCACGCGUUUGGGGUCUCGGUGGCCGUGGCACUGGCUGUGUUCGCCUCCCUCUUCCUCUCCGUCAUGCUCAUCGCGCUCAACAAGUGCGGGCGCCGCUCCAAGUUCGGCAUCAACCGCUCGGCUGUGCUGGCCCAAGAGGACGACCUGGCCAUGUCAUUGCACUUCAUGAACCUGGGCAGCAGCCCCCUGUCCUCGGCCGAGAGCAAGCUGGAGGGGCUGAAGAGCAACUUCAUCGAGAACCCCCAGUACUUCUGCGACGCUUGCGUGCACCACGUACAGCGUCGGGACAUUGUGCUCAAGUGGGAGCUGGGUGAAGGCGCCUUCGGGAAGGUUUUCUUGGCCGAGUGCUACAACCUCCUCCCAGAGCAGGAGAAGAUGCUGGUGGCUGUGAAGGCGCUGAAGGAGGUGACGGAAAGCGCCCGCUUGGACUUCCAGCGCGAGGCCGAGCUGCUGACGGUGCUGCAGCACGAGCACAUCGUCAAGUUCUACGGCGUCUGCACUGAGGGCGAGCCCCUCAUCAUGGUCUUCGAGUACAUGAAGCACGGGGACCUCAACCGCUUCCUCAGGUCCCACGGCCCCGAUGCCAAGAUGCUGGAGCAGGGGCAGGGGCAGCCCUGCGGGCCGCUGACGCUGAGCCACAUGCUGCAGAUCGCCACGCAGAUCGCCUCGGGCAUGGUCUAUCUCGCCUCCCUCCACUUCGUCCACCGGGACCUGGCCACCCGCAACUGCCUGGUGGGCCACGACCUGGUGGUGAAGAUCGGGGACUUCGGCAUGUCCCGGGAUAUCUACAGCACCGACUAUUACCGGGUGGGGGCAGGACCAUGCUGCCCCAUCCGCUGGAUGCCCCCCGAGAGCAUCCUCUACCGUAAGUUCACCACCGAGAGCGAUAUCUGGAGCUUCGGCGUGGUGCUCUGGGAGAUCUUCACCUAUGGGAAGCAGCCCUGGUACCAGCUCUCCAACACCGAGGCCAUCGAGUGCAUCACGCAGGGCCGGGAGCUGGAGCGGCCCCGCACGUGCCCCUCCGAGGUGUACUCCAUCAUGCAGAGCUGCUGGCAACGGGAGCCCCAGCAGCGCCGGCCCAUCAAGGACAUCCACAGCCACCUCCAAGCCCUUGUCAAGACCCCCCCCAUCUACCUGGACAUCCUGGGCUGAGUGGGGACCCCCCCAACCUCCCUCUGCUCCCUGCUGUCCCCUUUCCCGCUGCCUCCCACCCAAUGAAUCCCCCCGGACUGAUGCUCUAAGAGAGGGGGGAGAGGAAUGAAACCUUAUUUAUAGUGGAAAAUGGCCUUCCCACUGCCCUGGGGGGCUGCAGGCCUGGGCUGGGGGCCCCCCAAGGCUGACGGGGCAGAGCUGAGAGCCCCCAGCACAGGGUUGGGGCCACCGUUGGUGUUGAGGGCUCAGCUCUAUGGGGAGGGGAGUUGGGGCACCCAAGGCUCGGCUGCUCCUUCAUCCCGGUCCCUGGCUGGUGGGGUGCUCUGCUCUGCAGCACAACCAGUCCGUAAUAAAGCUGUCCGGCUCCCCCC